AUGGCGGAAGUAGUGGAUAAAAUAAGCGAUGAGAUUUCAGAGAAGGCUCCAUAUUAUCUCUGGCCAUUAACGCCAUUGGAAAGGUUUUUGUUCGGUGAAAGGGAGCUGCAUGUUUCAAAGAAACCAACACCGAGGGAAGCAAACAAGGUGGUGUUAUCAAGCGAUGCAAAUGCGCAUUGCGGGGAUCCCCUUGGUGCAAUAGGUGUUCUUCCAACCGGUGUUUUUCCAACAGGUGUUCUAUUAGAUGAGUCCGGAUUUUGUGAAGGUUUUGUUGGUGGCAAUGAUGAGGAGGUAGAGGAAGGACUUAAGUGUACAGAAGCGAAAAGAAGGACGAGCAUCUCGAGUUCUUCAAGAUCUUAUGCUGCGGAUAUUAAGUUGGUGAAAGGGCAGUGGACAGCAGAGGAGGACAGUUUGCUGAUUAGAUUAGUGGAACAACAUGGUGUUGGAAAAUGGUCUCAGAUUGCAAAGAAGUUGGUCGGUAGGAUUGGGAAGCAGUGUCGAGAAAGAUGGCAUAAUCAUCUACGCCCUGAUAUUAAGAAGAAUCCGUGGAGUGAAGAGGAAGAGAGGCUACUAGUGGAAGCGCACAAGAAGGUUGGAAACCGAUGGGCAGAGAUUGCCAAGCAAAUCCCUGGUAGAACCGAGAACUCCAUUAAAAAUCAUUGGAAUGCCACCAAGAGAAGGCAGAACUCAAAAAGAAAGACCAAGAAAAAGGCAAGUCAGGCGGAAACAUCUCAGCCUUCCAUUCUACUUGAAUACAUCAGAAGCAACACCUCCAAGGAGACUAGCACCACAAUGACCACACCUUCCACAACCCCACCAAACCAACUCAAAAUCACAUUCCCAAAUCCAUCAGAACCUAUGUUUGCUUGCAAUUUCUCUGCAUCAACUACUAGAAAUAUGGCAGGUGAAAUGCUAGCCAUGCAAAAUUAUAUUGACACUUCCUGUAGCCAACAACCAGCUAGCGAGAGUGUACUGGAGAACGGACUUCAUGUCAAGGAUAUCCAAGAGCCUCGUAUGCUUGAAUCACUCGAGUUCAUGGGCAUGGAUGGAGAUGAUGAUGAGUUCAUGGGUAUGGAUGGUCAUACAUUCUUGGCUACUCCACCAGCGCCUAACUUCUUAUAUGAAAAAGCUAGUCCUCCUCCUACUGGCUCGCAUGAUACUCCUAUGAGUGGUGGCAGUUCUCUACAUGCAGACACUUACCUUUCCUACCUUCUAAAUGGUCCCCCUUUAACUUCUCUUAGUGUGGCUGAGAGUGAUACCUCAGAGGUGCUUGCCGACGAUGUCAAGAGAGAUAUGGAUUUGCUAGAGAUGAUCUCUUCUUCUCAGUUCUCUAGCUCUCAAAGAAGUUGCAGUGAUGGUAGCUUCACUUAUCUCUAUUAG